GGUCUGUCGCCGAGUCGGCGUUGCGGGCGGCCCGGCUCUGCUGGGAUUUCUAUGCUAUGCCUUGUAUGACAAAAGCCCUCUCACCAAGAAUACUUUUGCCUUGACACUUGUGGACAGUCAGACCAUAAGAACACUGCUAAGGAGUGCUCAAGUGGCAAUGAAACAGCCUAACAGAAAGAGGAAGCUUAGUAUGGAUUCCAAAGAGCAUUUGAAUCAGGAUGGAUGCUUGGAGCAAGCUGAGGAAGAUAAGAAGCCCAGAGAUGGUGCCACCCCAUUGAGUCACGUCCCUUCAAUGGCUGCACAGGAAGUAUGGUCGUGGGAGCAGUACUUGACAGAACAGAAGGCUAUAGCUGCACCUGUUGAACUGUUUUCCAAGGACCAAUCCUUUCCGGAGCAUGAAAAUGGUUUUCAGGUUGGAAUGAGAUUAGAAGGCAUUGACCCCCGACAUCCAUCUGUAUUCUGUGUGCUUUCUGUAGCUGAGGUGUGUGGUUACCGCCUCAGACUUCACUUUGAUGGUUAUUUAAGCUGCUAUGAUUUUUGGACCAAUGCCGGUUCCCCUGACAUUCAUCCAGUAGGGUGGUGUGAGAAGACCAAACACGAAUUGCACAUCCCUAAGGGUUAUAGAAAAGAUAAAUUUGUUUGGAUGGAUUACUUGAAGGCCUGCAAAUUGCAAAAUGCUCCCAAGAAAUUAUUCAGAAACAGAAGUUCUAAUGGGCCAAUGCCUAAAGAAUUUCAGGUUGGAAUGAAGCUGGAGGCCGUCGACAGGAAGAACCCUUCCUUGGUGUGUGUGGCAACCAUAGCAGAUAUUGUUGAAGAUCGCUUACUAGUGCAUUUUGACAAUUGGGAUGAUAGUUACGAUUACUGGUGUGAUGUAAAUAGCCCUUAUGUUCAGCCAGUUGGUUGGUGUCAGGAGAAUGGAAGAACUCUGAUAGCACCCCAAGGUUAUCCUGAUCCAGAAAAUUUUUCCUGGACAGAGUAUCUGGAAGCUACUCAAACAAAUGCCGUUCCUGCCAAAGUUUUUAAAAUGCGGACACCCCACGGUUUUCUGCCAAGCAUGAGACUUGAAGCGGUGGACAGAAGGAACCCCAGGCUCAUUCGCGUGGCUACAGUCAUCGAUGUGGAUGACCAACGGGUAAAGGUUCAUUUCGAUGGCUGGGACCACAAAUAUGACUACUGGAUGGAUGCAGACAGCCCUGACAUUCACCCGAUUGGAUGGUGUGAUAUAACAGGGCAUCCACUGGAAAUCCCAUAUCGAGCAAAUGAUGUGAAAAUCCUUCCAGGGCAAGCUGUUUGUCCUACUCCAGGGUGCCGAGGAAUAGGCCAUAUCCGUGGUCCACGGUAUUCAGGACAUCACAGUGCUUUUGGCUGCCCGUAUUCAGACAUGAACCUGAAAAAGGAGGCAACUCUUCAUGAUCGUCUGAGAGAACAAACACUGGCAAAUUUGGAACCCGACUCUUCACAUUCGAAACCGAAGAACCUCUGUGGCUUGAACUUCAAUGGAAAACAUGAAAUGGUGAACAAUCAGCCCAGACUUGUACAGCAGGCAAAGUGUUUGAAAAUCAAAGGAAAAGAAGAUAUUGACUUGGAUAAUCUCUUCAGAGGAGGGGAUAGUGGAAAGAGCUUGACAAGACAAGAAGAGAUUUGUGUUCUAGUCCCAACCCUACAGACAAAAUACUCGGCUGAGCAGACACAGCAGGCGCUGCACCAGUCCAUCUUCAUGUCCUCAGUGUCGGCCCACCCCUUCCGGGACCUUCCCCUCGGCAGGGAGCAGCACUGCAAGCUCCUCCCGGGCGUGGCCAACAUCCAGGCCAGCGAGGUGGCCCGAUGGACAGUGGAUGAGGUGGCUGAAUUUGUACAGUCUCUCCUGGGCUGCGAGGAACAUGCCAAGUGCUUCAAGAAAGAGCAGAUCGAUGGCAAAGCCUUCCUGCUUUUGACGCAGACGGACAUCGUCAAGGUGAUGAAGAUCAAACUGGGUCCAGCACUGAAGAUUUAUAAUUCUAUCCUCAUGUUCAGGAAUUCCCAGGACCUCACUGAAGAAGACUCUCUCUCAGGCCAAGAAGCCAGAGGAUAAACACACCACCUGAAUGGCCAUGGCACCAGGACCUUGUUCUUGCAGCAAUAAAACUGGCCCACAUUAAUUUGAUUUGAACGUCCCCAUGGUCAUAUCCAUAUUUAAUUUGGACUUUGAAAGCAGCUGUGGUUUCGAUGUGUAGAGGGUAUGAUGACUGAUCCAGGGCCGAGGAUGCAGGGGCCCGUGUGUGGUUUGGGGACAUCUUUAUCUUUGGCGGUGUCCUUCCAGCUCUGAUGCAUUGCAACAAACAGACCAAAGAAGCCCACACAUACACCUUCAGUUUUUCUCCUUCACCAUUAACCCAUUUUUCAAGCAUAAAACUCUAAAGCAGUGAAAUAGUAGAAAAACAGCAUUCAUAAAUACAUUGGUCAUGUUUUCACCAGAACAUCUGAGCUUGGCUCAGAUUUGCCAUCUGGAUGCAGUGAGUCUAAGAGAUAGAGGCCUGGUGCUUUAGAAAGACUUCAUGUGGGAUUUUUAAGUACUUUACUCAGGAAAGUGCGAGUCUUUAAAAAAAAUAAUAAUAAGCACAUAUUUUCAUGAUUCAUUAAUUCUUCUUUUUGUUCCAUUAAGUGUUUCUUGUUUGUGCUCCCAGUGGCUCAAAGAGCACUUGGGGAACAGUCAGCCUGGGCAGGUAGCAGAAGCUGGCCAGACCCUCCCAAGGACCCCCUCAUACACAGCAGUGCCUGGUGGCCAUCUGCACAAACAUGGGGGACCCUUGUUCUGCUACUGAGGCGGGCCCGAGGGCCAGCCACCCACUCGCACCACUGAGGCAACCUCAGGAGAAUAGGUAGGUGGCCCCGCUCUCCCUCUGAGCAGGUGUGAUGAGGAGCCAUGUUACAUCUUCAUAGAGACAAACCAUUAAAAGGGAAGUUCUCUGAAGUAGGGAGCUUGGUGGCUAUGAUUUGUUUGAACGAUUCUGAUUUCUUGUCAGACCUUAUUUGUUUUGUGUAAGUGACUAUAUCUGACACUUAAGAGGAAUCAAUCCUACAAUUUUGAAAGACCAUCCCCUUUUUUAUACCCACAAAGUUACCCAGGCCCCCAUGGAAGUGGAGAGCCCUUGUUUUGAGGGGAGGGAGGUUGUGGGGAGAGAAAAGAAACAGACCUCACCCAUUUGCUUCAUUAAGAAUCUUAUGGUUGAAGAAAAUUGAUUCAGCUUGGAGAGAUUCUCAAACUGUAGGUCACUGAAGCAAAACAAUUCUUCUCUAAGAGGUGUGCGUGUAUUUCAUUUUUUUUUUUUUAGAUCUUCACCUAAAUGGAAUUUUAA